CUUUGUGGUGUAAAGAUGGCCAGCGUUCCUGUACCUGUCACUAAUGUAGGAAGCGGCUACAACAUCAUCACGCAAGUUCUUCCCUCAUCUACAGCCUCGACUACAGCAGAGCAAAAUUCCACUCAGACACACAGCCCACUGAGCAAGUUCCUGAAAGGAGAACCCAAAGCUCUGGGGACUGUCCAGAUAAUGAUAGGUUUCUUGACGUUAUUGUUUGGUAUCGUGUCUGCGACCUUCCCUGAGUCCUUCAUCAUCUUCUCCGGAGUCGUCUUCUGGAGCCCAGUGUUUCACAUCAUUUCCGGCUCUCUGGCUGUUUCAGCGAGCAACAAGUUAAACUCCUGUGUGGUGAAGGCCACACUGACACUGAAUAUUUUUAGCACGCUAUCUGCAGGAAUCACCAUCAUGUUCCUGAUUUUUGAUCUGACUUUAAAGAGAUAUAGAUUCUGCUACUAUGGGAGCACUUACAGUUGCAACUACGCCACAGAGAGCAUGGGGCAGGGAAUAACUGGAGUUCUGCUGGUUUUCACUCUGCUCCAGUUCUGCAUCUCUAUCGCACUUUCAGCCUUCACCUGCAAAGCCACCUGCACCAGUGAACCGACCCUGAACAUCAUCAACGUGGUUCAGAACCCUGAGAGUUUUGCUCCUAGUAAUCCUGUGAACAACCCUUUCCCACCUCAUCACACUCAGCUGGGGGUCAAUACGAUGCACGGCUUCGCCAUGGCUACAGCACCCGGGAGAAAUCCUCCGGCGUACAACGAGAAAAUAUGAACAUCAUCAACAUGGUUCCAAAUCCUGAGGCAUACUGUAUGUUCCUGUGGAGAAUUCCAGCUCAGCUCACCCGGGGAUCAGUACAUUAAACACCGCUGCCAUGAACCAAACACCUGCAGGAAGUGCUCCAACAAAUAGGAAGAUAAAGGACCAAUUAGAAGACAGAAAUUACUUUUAGAAAAUAAGGAAAUACCCCAUUAAAGUGUUCAUUAAUCCCACUAGGGCUCUGAA